AUGGAGUUUAGAGAAAGGUCAUUUUCACGGGGGACUGACGAGAGGCUACCCAGACCUACAACACGCAUGAACGACGAGACUUGGGAAAGGUUCAAGCCUUUUCUAUGCAAUCUAUACAAGAAGUAUACCCUGAGUGUCGUUAUGAAUGUCAUGGAGAAAAAGUUCAAUAUUGUUCAAAGCAAACGACAAUAUGGCUAUCGUUUCGAGAAAUGGGGCAUAAAGAAGUACAAUGCAAAUGAGAAAAAGACUCCUCAUAUUUCCCUAUCACCUGGUGGCAUAAAUGACUCGAUGGACUAUGGUGAUAUUGGAGCCGAGUUCGACCGAGAAACUCACUCCUUCAACCAACACCCCCUGUCUGACCGCUCCGACCCAGACACUUUGAUGGUUGCAGUCGGAUCAGAAAACGUGGAGUAUGGCGAGUCGCCAGAUAAUUACAAAGCCGCAAAGCUUGUCGUCCCAUAUCCAUGGGCAACUGGGUCAUCUGAAGAAGCGAACAAACUUGCUGCUGACUUUUGUGCCGCUAUGCUCGAUGACACAAACGCAUUCGCAUUAUACUCGAAUCUCUACGAGAUCUUAUCAAAUAGCAGUCAGUCAUUUUUUGAGACUCGGGAGUUUCUCGCCAUCUCUUGUGCCCGUGUGGCCGGUAAACCAGAUAAUGCUCGUAGCGCCAGGGCAAUUCUUGCAAGGGAAUGGACCGAAACACCAACGACUCGAAUCUCAGACUCUCCGUUCGUUCUGUCGAUGCUCAAAGCAUACGUGGGAAGCCACCAAGAAGAUUCGGACAAGUCGGCAUUUGUCAAACAAAUCUGUCGUAAUGUCGAGCAAGUGGUUGGCAGCGACGGAUCACUUCGAGAGGUUUCACGCAAGUAUUCGUCUAUCGAUCUCGUAGCCUUCUUUUUUCUCAAUUAUGCCCUCGAGAUUUAUGACGAUUGUUUUGACGAUUCCAACCCCCCGAAUUUUAUGACUGAGCAUCUCUUGAAUGAAUUCAUCACGACACAGCCUUUUAUGAACGCUCUACGCCACGGGUGUCCAUCCCCCCUAAGUCUCUGUCUUAGGUGGUGCGAGGAACAGCUCCGACUCAACCACCCCGUGGCUCUACAAGAUGCCCCAGUACAGCCAAGUACUGAUAUGCGUUGUUGGUGGUACAAUAUUCGUGUCUUUUGCACUCUCUGGGGAGUAAUGACGCAUCUGGUAAGGGCGAAUUGUGCCCCUGAAUGGUAUACUCAGUGCGAGUCGGCCUUUGGCAUUCCUCCAUCAGAACUACUCAUAACACUAUCAUGGAUGAUUCGUGCUGAGUCAACUGCAACUGAAACUGAUAGCGUCAUCUCUGAUGCUAAACUACUCACUCAGGCCGCUGAUGGAGCAGAUAAGUUACUUCAAGUCGACGAGUCGCAACUCUGGAUAGACUUUCUCAACAAGUUUACUUGGAUGAACGAACUGGUCAAUCCGGGUGAUGCUGAGAGGACUUUCGAAGCUAUUGUGCAAGAUGAGCUGCGCAAAUAUGUCUCCGAGGUGCUUCGAGUCCAGUUGCCACAUCCAGCAGGGACCCAAUCUACCAGUGUUGGCGAGGUGGACUUCUACAAUUUUCCCCAGCACGGAUUUGGUGAUUUUGACAUGAACUCCCAAAUGGACUUCUAUAGAUAG